CCUGAGACUCUUCAUUGACUACUUUGCACUGUCAGGUUUUCGCUAACGAUUCAUCAACUUAAUUCAUCACUGAUGGACAGUGACUGGAAGGAGAAAGGGAGAAGGAGAAAAAUAAGUGGAAAGUAGAAAGAAAGAGUGGGUGGUAUAGGUAGGGAAAAGUUGAACCUGUGUAAUAAGUAGGUUUUAUUUGAGGACCCACAAGAAAAGAGAUAUUUAAUCCAAGAAAUAUCGAUUGGUCGGGAAACCUAGGACUCUUGAGAGAUUUAACCAUAUUUUAUCCACAGAGAUAGAGAAGGUUGAAUUUUUUCCAGAAUUUCCCCAUGGAAUUUGCAAUCACGUGUUACCUACAUCGACGUUCAUUGGUCUAAGAAACUGCGGGUCCACCCACACGCCGACGUAGAAGUUGGAGUGUCUUAGGACUUCGGAGAACACCAUUCUGCAUGGAUGUCGACGUUGAGAGUAACAUUUAAGGUCUACAACUACCCAGACAGCCAUGCCUUGCUUCACAAUGCUAUUAACCGUAACUGUAGUAUGCUGAAGAUGUACCUGUUUGGCUGCUGUUCUAACUUUGUGUUGGGCAGGCAAAGAUAAGAUGACCAGGGAACAUGCUGGAAUCGAAAUGGACCUCGCUUUUGGAUCAGUUAAGCCUUACGGGUCCUCUCGGAGUAUAGUUAGAAGAAUUGCUACGAGCCUUCCUCUGAAACCUUGCCCUCGUGUUCACUUUCAGCUUCAUCCUUAUACCGAAGGUGCCAGCAGUCUCAACAGCUCCGCUGAGCAGAAUGGGUUUGUGGCCUCGCUCGCGGAUGUGGCCUGGAUCGAGAGGGGUGCGGGCGACACCCCCGCCAGACUGCGGUCGGGGGCGGAGGCGGAGGCGGAGGCGGAGCCUGGGUUUAUUUUCCGCUCCCACCAGCGCCCGUCUUCCAGACCUCUGAAGAGACAGCGGUCUCUGCCCUCCUUGCACCAGGAGGCGCUAGAGCCCCAGGCUCCAGCAUUCCCCAACCAGGAGGCCAUUCAGAAGAUCAGCGCCCUGGAAACUGAGCUGGCCAAACUCCGGGCGCAGAUAGCACAGAUCGUAUUGGCCCAGGAGCAGACCGCCCAGCCUGCUGCUGCACAAGCUGGACCUGCUGCUGCCCCAGCCCCACCCGGAGGGGCUCCACCCCCGCCUCCACCACCCCCUCCCCCUCCCCCUCUACCCCCACCACCACCCCCCGGCCUUCAGCGGAGCGUUUCGGCCAUCGACCUCAUCCGAGAGCGCCGCGGGAAGAAGACGUCGACGCAGACCGCGCUCGACCCCGGGCCCAAGCAACCGGAGAUUCCCAGCAUGCUCGACGUGCUGAAAGACAUGGGCAAAGUCAAGCUGCGCUCCGUCAAGAGUCGGCCAGAGGACGGCCUUUCCAAGCCGAAGCCCAGUGACCCCACGGAUGCGGCCUCUCUCAUUGCCGAAGCUUUAAAGCGCAAGUUUGCUCACCGGUACCGCAGCGAGAGCUGGAGCGAGAGCUGGAGCGAGAGCGACUUCGGGCACCCCGCUCCCAGAGCGGAGUCUCCCCCAAACACCCCCGCGUUUGGACAGCACAUGUUGAAGCCCACGGGGAAGAAGAAGCUCCUUUAAGAGCGGGGAAUCUGAGGGUCUAGCCUGUCCAAUCAGAGCUGUGCUCCCUGCGCGCAGUCUUUUCGGGGGGAACUCGUGACCGGACAGAUGGAUAAGGGACCAAGGCGACCACCACAUUCUGGUGCUUGUGUGUCCUCGGGACAUGGAGAGGGCUUUCGCCUCUAUAAUAUCCACACUCGUAUACACAUGCAGCCACUUAGGUUUUAACUUAUUUUGUCUAAAACUCUUCUAAAUCGAUGCUAAUUUCAUAAUUCUGUAAAAAAUUGUAUUCAUUUUAAAGGUCAUGAGGGGUGUUCUUGAGCAUCCUCCUCUGUGAUACCUGCUUAAAGACACCUUCCUGUUCUGUUUAAAUGAUUCCAAGGCGGGACCUACGCUGAGAAGACCAUUUUGUUUUCCAUGUUUGGUCAUGUUAGGUGUUUUUUUUGUUUUUUUUUUUAAUGAAGCGGAGCUUUGUAUACAAAGGAAAGCACCAGUUUGUAAUCUUGAAGUCUUUAUGACCUUGAAACACUACAGGAAAUGGAGGAGGAAGGGGAAAUGGAGUUCAGAGAACAGACUCCAAAGCUAAGUGGUAUGAACAGUGCAGACGAGAAGAUCGACUGCAGGAGGCAGCCGGUCCUAUUGGCUGGACAGGUAUUGUACUGUGAACCUCACUGGUCUGCCUCUGAAAUGUGCCUUUUGGAGGAACAUUACUUUCAUUUCAUCACAGUUGCUGCUCACUGUCAGAUGAGGGAUUAGAGUUCAGAGCACUUUCUGUUGGCCUGUUUCAUCUUGUGGAAUGUUGUAUUACAUUUUGCUGUAAAAGUGUUUUUAUUUUUAUUUUAUUUUGGAUGGUUUAUAUUUAUAUUUGAAGUUAGGAAGUAUUUUUAGUAGACUAACUACUAAAAUUUUGCCAAGUAAUUUAUAUAAUUUGUGCUUCAUGUUAAUGAUGAAAUUGAAGCAUUUGUGGUAAAUAAAUGUAUCCAUACAUAUUAAAUGUGUAGGAAUGUUUUGAUCUGCUGACUUUGUGUAGUGUUGAAAUAAGUUACCAAGAAUCCACUAAAUCAGUACAAUGAUAAGAAAUGUUGCUAUUUAUAUUUAUGGUGCAAGACCGGUAAAAUGAAGCACAAAAUUAUAGCAAUGUCCUGGCCUUCUGAAUUCCUAAUUAAACUUGAAAAUAGUAAUGUCCAGUAAAUGACUGGUAUGUCACAGUAUAUUCUGACAAACAAUAUUCAUAUUGUGACAUUAAAUCAGCAAAAUUUGCAUUCCAAUGUCUCCUCGUAAAAUGCAGCGUCUUCAAAUGCAGCCUUAUUACUUAAAUCAUUUUUGAGUACAUACAUCAGUGUUAUAAAGCCAAAGACACUUGGAUGCAUAAAUAAUAUGGGGGGGAUUUGGUUUUUAUCAAAAAUAAAACUAGACCACUCAGGAGCCAUAAUUGUUUGAGCGACAUUUUGCCUGUCCUGCACUGAUAAUUUAGUCAUUCACAAAUGGUUUCAAGGAAAAUGCGUCUUAAAGAAAGGUUUGUCUGUGUUCUUUUUGUAGAACAACCAAAUCAUAGUCAGCCUUGGACCGGUCUAGAGUGCCUAUGGCUGUCCCUGUUAUAAGUUACAAAAUGUUUCAAUCCAAUGCACUGUGCUCAGGCUAAACGUUGGAUAGUUUUCUUCUCCUGAACAACAAAGCGAAUCAUUAAUUCAUCUUCAA